GGCACUGGCUGAUGCAUACUUCAGAGGACUUGCUAAAUCUGAGAGGGAACCAUCUUGCCACCCGAUUUCUAAACUGGAGUUUGAAUUUGAGAGGCGAAAGGUGACAAAGGAGGACGUAAGAGAAUUAAUAUUCAGGGAGAUACUAGAAUAUCACCCUCAGCUUAGAAAAGAUUACAUGAAUGGAGAAAGAGCCAACUUUUUAUAUCCAAGCGCUGUUGAUCAAUUUCGGAAACAGUUUGCUCACCUGGAAGAAAAUGGUGGUAAAGCUGGGCCAAUACCUCCAGCAGAGAGAAAACAUGUAUCUCUUCCUAGGUCUUCGGUUAUACAUUCUACUACAACUCUUCCUAAGAAACAAACUAAUUCAAAAGACCAGCAAAACGGGGAGGAAUUGUCAUGCAAUAGAAACUACAGAGGACCGGAUGGGGGUCUGCCAAGAACCUUGCAGUCACAACAGAGGAUUUACCCAGCAGCAAAACCAGGAAAGGUUGUGGGCUCUCCAAUCUUGCCAUAUGACACUGGGAAUCUAGUCAAGACCGCACAGAUAAUGACAUCAGUGUAUGGUUAUCCGAGAUGUGGGGCAGCUAAGCAGGAAAGGCCCGCAACAGCUGAGACUCAUGAGCUGUCAUCUACACAAAUGAAAUAGCAAAUGGUUCAUUGUGGUAUGGCUGCGAAGUUGGCACCUGAUAUUGCUAUCACCAUUGAUAGCAGCCCGUUCUAUGCAACCCGAGGUGGCAUGAAGAAAGCAGAUCAUGUUAGUGAUGGAAUCAGCAUCGACACCAAUUUGCUGCAACAGGCUAAAGGUCAAUAUGGUGGAGGGAUUGGUGUUGCUGCCAGUGCUGCUGCUGCUCAUAGCAAAGUAGGGACAAUUCAGUUUGGCAUGUCAAGGAUGUAUUAGGGUUGGAGAAGCGAGAGAUAGAGGGCACGGGGAGGGUGUGGGGAAGGGU